AGGAAGUCGUUUUUUUUUUCAGCCUUCAUUUAAUUUUAUACAUAUAUAUUUCUCCGUCACAUAGGCAUUAAGGGUUUAAUGUGAGCUGUCGACAGUGGCUGCAGCUUGUUUGAGCACCAUGGGGAUUUAAAGGAGAGGCUAAAGGACUCCGCAUCUUUCUCAGUGCAGCGCGUCCAGAUGACCAUGCAACAUCUAAGUCCAUGGCGAGCUCUGCUCCUUUUGACCGUGCUGUGCCGACCAGGACUCUCAGACAAAUACGGUUGCCUAUUUGAGAGAAAACUGUGUACAAGGGAUCAGUCCUGCUCAGACGAUGGGCUGUUUGGUCAGUGUCGCAGCUCCAAGCAGGACCUGAUCCGGUACCAGGUGUCAGUCCUUGUUCUGAAGAGGUUGCAGGAAGUCCUCAAACAGCUCAUGCAACAAGGGCUUUCAUGGCAGGAUGACAUCACCCAAUAUAUUUUAUCUAAGGAGCUGAAGAGAGUUCCCCAUAUCACUCACCCCUCAAAGCCAAACUCCUCUGCAUCCUCUUCUUAUUCAACUCAGUCUAAACAGUACAUCCCCCAUCUUCAGAGUUCUAAGUUGGGGUCCACACUGGCUGGAGACAACUAUGUGGACUAUAUGAUUGUUGAGCCUCCUCAGUCCCAGCUGCACAUGCAGACAGCAUCAAUGGACCCAUACACAUACCGCCAGCACAGGUACCCAGAUGAAGUAGAGAGAUCUCUGAUAGGGAGAGGAGGUAGCUAUGCUCACCCCUCUUCAAGGUCCCAGGCCAAUCAGAGAGAGCGAGACCGCGACAGGCAGCUGCUACAGGAAGCCUUGUCUGUCUACCUGGCAUCUGCACAGCCCUCGUAUCGCCACAGAGGAGCCACCUCCAUGGCCUCUGCUGGUCUGCCUUACUAUGAGGACUUGGAACUGGAGAUACCAGCAGAGUAUGUGGAAGACUACACCCUAGAGGAGAAACUUGGUAAACAACAAACACUGCAAAACAAGAAGGUUCCUCAGGAUUUCAGCACUCUAUCUGGAAACAAUGAUGGCUUGCUCCAGAGGAUGUCAGGAGUCUUGCACAGGCAUGGCAUUGAUCCCAGAGAGCUCAGUCAAGACCAGCUCUACAAGCUAGCCCUCAUAGUGCAGCUGCUGCCAACUCAAGACAAAACAGAUCCAGUUAACAAAGACCUCAAGGAGAUUCAGCUCUUAAAAACAGGCAGUGUGUCAAAGAAUAAGCCUGCUCCUGCUCCCGCUCCCAGGGCCCCUGAUGCCCCCCUUGCCCCCUCCCUUGCAGUCCCAGCUACACCUCCUGCCAAUUCUCCCUCCCAGCCUCCACAGGCUGCUCCUGCCAAAGAUGGACAAGGCUUGAAGGAGCAGGGACCACCAAUGAUUCAGGGUGCAGGAGCCAAGGAGGAGUAUGGGUACAUCGUUACCAAUCAGAGUCAUUUGAGUCUGUAUGAUGGAGCAAAGCUGUUGGAAAUGCUUGCUGAUAAAAUACAUCUGACAACCAGCAGUUUCAUCAACAUCAGUGUGCUGGGUCCUGCUCUGACAUUUCGUAUCCGCCAGAAUGAGCACAACAUGACGGCUGCAGAGGUGGCUGCUAAAGCUGAUUCUGAAAAGAACUUCCUGGAAUCUCAGACAGGCCUGGAGAUUAUACAGACUGGUGUAGGAGAGAGGACGGAUGCACGGGGUCUCCCUCAGGUAACCAGGGUUUCACAGGGGCCCAGCGGGACAGUCAUCACUCUUGUUUCCAUGGCAGUUGUAGGAGGUGUGCUGGUAUUGGCCAUGGCUGUGGCUUGUCUCAGGCACUACACUCAGCAAGUGGCCAAUGGCAAGCUUGGCCUGGGUCCAGAGGGAGGAGCCGAAACGCACUUUGACUACCAGGAGUUGUGUCGGCAACACAUGGCAUCAAAAUCCUCUCUGUGCCGCCAAGACUGUGUGGGCGGGGUGGGAGGUAGCAUGCCGGGGUCAGCCAUAGCAGGAGCCGGCAGACGAAGGGGUACGGACACAUCCCACGUCAGCAGCGUUUCCUCUCAGUUCAGUGAUGGCCCCCAGCACAGUCCAUCCUCCACCCACAGCUCCACCCCGUCCUGGAGCGAAGAGCCGGCCCAGUCUAAUAUGGAUAUCUCCACUGGUCACAUGAUACUGGCGUAUAUGGAGGAUCACCUGCGUAAUAAGGACCGCCUUCAGAAGGAGUGGGAGGCUUUGUGCUCCUAUCAGGCUGAACCCAGUUCAGUAGCUGUGGCUGAUGCCCCGAGCAACAUGGACAAAAACAGACACGCUGAUUCCCUCCCCUAUGAUCACUCUCGGGUGAAGCUGAAGGCUGAAGUAAACCCCAAUAAACAAGAUUACAUUAAUGCUAGCAUCAUUUUUGAUCAUGACCCUCGCCAGCCAUCAUAUAUUGCCACCCAGGGACCUCUGCCACACACUAUUGCUGAUUUCUGGCAGAUGGUGUGGGAGAAUGGCUGCACAGUGAUAGUGAUGAUGACAGCCCUGGUGGAAGAUGGAGCGAAGCAGUGUGAGCGAUACUGGCCUGAUGAGGGCUCAUCACUCUACCACAUCUAUGAGGUGAACCUGGUAUCAGAGCACAUCUGGUGUAAGGACUUCCUGGUGCGCAGCUUCUACCUGAAGAACGUCCAGACGCAGGAGACCAGAACCUUGACCCAGUUUCACCUGCUGAGCUGGCCGGCUGAGGGUAUACCCACCUCCACAUGGGCGCUGCUGGACUUCCGCAGGAAGGUGAAUAAAUGCUACAGAGGCCGAUCCUGCCCAAUCAUUGUUCACUGCAGUGAUGGUACUGGCAGGACUGGCACAUACAUCCUCAUUGAUAUGGUGUUGAAUCGUAUGGCCAAGGGAGUGAAGGAGAUCGACAUCGCAGCCGCACUGGAGCACAUUAGAGACCAGAGACCUGGCCUGGUCCGCACCAAGGACCAGUUUGAGUUUGCGUUGACAGCAGUAGCUGAGGAGGUGAACGCCAUCUUGAAGGCCCUGCCACAGUGAAGUGGUUGAGGACACAGUGAGGACAUGCACACAUACACAAAAAACAUACACUCUCCUAAGGACACACUUGUGUGAUCCAGUCAUGUAUGUCUGGCCAUGUGUAAAUAACAAUUUGCUCUUACCACAGUAAGAGCAACUACUGCCCUCAUUUUCAGCAUGCAGUAUUGUACUGUCUACUCAUUAACUGGGUUUUUAAACUUUUGGAACUUCAUUUUCUGAAGAGAAUUUAAUGAUUUUUGGCAGGAUGUAAAUACAAUAUAAAGUGAAAGGAUUUUUUUUUCCCAGCAUUAUGGCACAACUUCAAUCCCUGUCCUUGCACCCUGAAAUUUCUACCUAAUUAGACAAGGAGCCAUGAAAUGUGAAACGAAAAGAGUAAAAAUGUACAUACACUGUGCCUACGGUAUGUAAGUCUGAAUGGAGUAUGCACAUUAACUUUUGUCUCAGUAUAGAGGCAAUUGAUUUGUUGUAUGGUCAGAGAAGAGAGAAUACACUUCUGAAUGUCUGGAAUGACAGUACUGAUGUGUAACUACUCACAGUACCAGUCUUACUGCCAUCUGAUUCCAUCUUAUCAACCCUUUUACUGAGCAUGGUGACAUACAAUACCUCAAAUGAUGAUUUACCACCAACAUAGAGGGGUUGUUUGGCUGUUUAUUUUAAACAUUACAAUUGUUUUGGACCGAUGUUAAAAUAAUGUUAAAUUUCUGUGACGUCCAUCUUAUUGAUGCACAGUAGGAGGUCAAUACAUUUAACUCUGAACAUGCUGUUACGCAUCUACCAGAAUGCUGUAUGCCACUGUUUAGUGUGUGUUGAAUUCCAGCAAGUUUUUAUUUGUGAGAGUAAUUUCUUUGACAAUGUGAUUGCUUUAAGCAACGGUGGUGUACAAUGUCCGCAUACACAUCGCUUCCUUUCAUACUUCUACACACAGAUAACCUUUGUUUGGGUUCUCCGGGUGUCUUGAUCAGUGUACGACCUCGUGAUUAAUGUAUAUAAUCCUCCUGAUGAGUGUUUACUUCAUGUAGCAGACACAUGGAAAAUAUCUUUAAAAAUGUAUUUUUGACUUGACCUGAAUAAAUCUGUGAUGUGAUGCAGCAGAAAAUGAACAAAAAAGUGUUUGC